AACCGGAAUACGGGAGGCGCAACGGAUAAGGAUUUUUGUUUUAUCGUGUUUCGCCCACGGUUUUAUCCAGCUUGACACGGUUUGACGAACGGUUCGCUGCUGCCAGCGGCAGGAAAACGCACUUAGUUGUCACCACGCGCUACAACCAUACGCAAGUACCGUCCGGUUUUUUGGGUGGCGCAGGUCGCGCACUGUUUUGCUCCGUGUGUGAGACGGUGUGUUCCGUACGUGUUCCGAAAUUUACGAAAGACGACAUGAAGCUCUAGAAAAUGCUCUAAAGUUGACCUAAAAGUGAAUAAAACGUAAAGAAAUGUUUAAAAGUGACAGUGAAAACAUGAAACUAAUGAAAACAAUAUAAAGCACAAAAAAUAGUUUAAAUGCAGAAAAGUUGGUGAUAAAAAGAAGAUAAAAGAAAAGGUGAUAAACAAACUGUGCUGCAAAGCAGGAACAACCCUACCGAAGCAACCAGGACAACACAAAGGCAGGAAAGGUGGCCGCUGUUGUGGCAUCGGGUUACGCUGGUGGUGUGUACGGCGGAAGCAUCAUCGGUCACGGGGAGGCCGCGGUCGGGGCGGCCAUUGCUGGUGCGAGCGCGAUCGGCAUCGGGCUCGGUGCGGACGGACGGGACGGCGGCACCGCAUCCAAGAUUCGACUGAAAGCUGGAAAACCACGGCAGGGCAGCGUUGAGGACGGUUGCAAAAUUAUGAUCGAUAUCAAAAGCUCGCCCGAUUAUCUGAAUCGGUCCUCCGGUGGAUCAUUCGGUAACUUUUCAAUGUUAUUUGCUGAUUCUUCGUACAAAUCAUCAUGGGGCUCCCACAGCUCGUCCCAGAGUCAAGAUCCAUAUCAGAUGUUCGGCCCUACUAGCAGUCGGUUAGCGAGUUCUGGUUCCGGACAGAUACAGCUAUGGCAGUUCCUGCUCGAGCUGCUCAGCGAUUCGACCAACGCCACCUGCAUCACCUGGGAGGGUACGAACGGUGAGUUUAAGCUGACCGAUCCGGACGAGGUGGCCAGACGCUGGGGCGAACGAAAGUCCAAACCCAACAUGAACUACGACAAACUCAGCCGAGCGUUAAGAUAUUACUACGAUAAGAACAUUAUGACGAAGGUGCACGGCAAGCGUUACGCCUACAAGUUCGACUUCCAGGGUUUGGCGGCCGCGACCCAGCCCCAGACGGAUCCGACCUACAAGUACCAGAGCGACCUGUUCAUGUCGCCGUACCAUCACGGGGCCAAGCUGAGCUCGUUCAUGAGCCCCCACCACAGCAUGACGUCAUCUUCCGCCUCCAUCUUUCCGUCGGCCGCCUCGUGGGGUAACUGGGGCAGCCCGGCAACGAACCUCUACCCAUCGCACACGAUGAGCCACGUGACGCCAUCGCACGUCGCACCACAUCUGGGCUCGUAUCCGCACUACGCAUGACCAACGCCCACGACCACGUCCUCCAGCCACCACCAUCACCAUCACGCCCAGGUCGACAACUUCGAUCUGUACAAGAAGCUGACACCGUACGAAUAAUAGCACCCGCUAAUCCCGCAGCAGCAGCAGCAGCAGCACCAUCAUCUUCAUCACCAGCAACCGGUGUCGCAGCAACACCAUCAUUCGCAACCGUUGCCACACCAUCCGGAACUGCUCUACCAGCCAGAGCUGGCCGGAUUUCCUCGGAAGCAGCUGCCGGUUGGUGGACCGCUGCACCAGCUGCCCUCGCCACCUCUAUCGACCGAGGUACUGCUGCUGCGGACAGCAUCCCGUACGGUGGCGGACGAUGGUGGUGACGGUGGGCCGGUUGGCGUGCUGCGUGGUCCCACGACGAUCGGUGACGUGACCGCAACGACAACAACUACUAGCAUCACUGCAACCACUAUCGCACCUAUCAAUACUACCCAGUUAGAUAAAUGUAUUUUAGACUAUCUAAGAAAUGUCUCAACUUUUAAAUGAAGCGCGCAUGCUGUAACAUAACAGGAAGCAUAUUUUUAAACCAAAAACCAAACGAUCAGUGUAUAAUUAGCAAUAUACUUGUUGUAAUGUAACGCGGGCACGAUCCACCUCCGCAGUGGACGUAGCUGUCACAGGAAGGCAAGCACCAUGACACUCAAACACACACACACACACACUUACACGUUACAUAGAUAAACUAAAGCUAAAUAGUGAAGUGUGUUGUAGUACUACGUGGAAAAUCUAGUCUUGGCCGCCGAAAAAGGGCGCCGGCAAACAAACAAGUCGGUCGGUUAUUGGUUACCUACUGUGUGAAGUAUUUAAGCAAAGUCCUUCCCUGCUAGAUGUAAGGCUCAACGUUACGGUAAGUGUAAGCCCUUAAACGAUGUGCGAGAUACAUAAACCAACAAACUAUUCUCGCUAACAGAACGUUCCCACCAGAGAGAGAGAGAGAGUCGCUAGAGAGAAGAUUUUUCUUUUUACAUGUGUUUUGUCCCUAAAAUACCUCUUCCGUUCCUUUUCUUGUUUCCGAUCGAUCGGUCUUGUUGUAAAUAUGAGCGGUGUAAAAGUAUUAUAAGUGCGCUAUUUAAGUUCGAUUGUAACUUAUUUGAAACGCUUGUGAGCGAGCGAUCGAGAUGCUAAGGAGAUAAAAUCCAAGUAACAAAUCUAGUCUUCUACCAGUAAGCAAUCGUUGGCCAUUGGACGCGGGGAAGCUGUCGAAAAAGUCGAAUAAUACAUUGUUCAAACGUAAAUUAUCAACAAAAAAACACAAAAGCCACAAAUCAUUAAGAGGAAAUCAUUUUAAUAAAUCUAUUUCGAUGGGAAAAAGAAAACAAAAUUUAAAUCGUACCCCCUAAAUUUAUGCAAUACUCAUUACUAGAGCAGAAAAAACAAUGGCAAGCGAUACCACACCAAACGCGACGCGGAACAAAAUGGAAGCGUUAAAACAAAAGCAAAUAUUUAUACAUAUAAAGACUGUGAUAGUUAACGACACUUGUUACAAUUUUGUUCUUUGCAAAAGCAAAACAAUUUUUACUCGAGCGAGUGAAGCAAAUACAGUGCUCGGUGCAGUGCUCGAUCGGCAUCGAUCGGAUGCAGAAUUUCCCUCGCUCGUUCUCUCCCAUUUUGCGUACCUAUGGUAUGGUUUGCUUUCGAAUUCGGGACAAAACGGGCCGGUCACAUACCGGCAUUCCUGGCAGGACGUUUAGAAGCUAUAUGUACGUAUCGUUGUGUAUGUCUGUGUAAAUAAUCGGUGUACCGUAACUUAUCGAUGUGUAUAUUUGUGCUCUAGUCAAAAGGAAGGGCAAAAGUGAGAGAAGAUAGAGUGUAUUAUUAACCUGUAGCAUGAAGGUGAUGAUGAUGGUGGUGUAUUAAGGGCCUGUCAGCCCCAGGGCCUGUCCAACUGUACUAAUCUUAACUCAUCUUUCAUCGCAUGAGACAUCUUUUUACCGAGUGACAGGAAAAAAAAACUAAAACGCUAGUCAAACACAGCACACAACAGGUGCGAUCAGUCGCUGCAACAGGUGUGUCUGCUUUUGUACAUAGACUGAAAAAUUCGCACACCUCCUGCCGGUCGGCUGAUCGUGCCUGGCUAAUGGAUGUAAUGUCGUACGUAAAUAUGUGUGUGUGUGUUUGUUUUUUGAGAAACAAAUUAAUAUCUGUUUCACCUACUACAGCAACAGCUUUUUGAAGUUGAAAAAGGAUGAUCUUUACGAGCAAAAUGGUGUAUCCUCGCGCUAGCAGCAGUCGAUCAAUUCAAAAAUGAACCGACAGUGGAAGUGCGAUCGGCUCGAUCAGUCAUAGCCAGUAUAGUUGUGUAUCUACGAUAAAUAUGUGUGUGUGUGCGUGUAUGUAAAAUCUAAGUUCAAUCAACAUGUCUUCAUACUUCAAACGGCAACCAACCCAACAAAACAAAAAAAAGCUGGACACAUUGUACAUUGAAGUCAGCCGACUCGCGACUCCGAGUCGACGAACAACAAAAAAGACAAACCAAAAAAAAAAACAAACAAGAAUAACUGAAUUAAAUAAAAUUCGUAUAAAUGUUUCAAAAA